AUGACGACCAAAGAUACGGAGCAUAAGGUUGAAUUUCCAAAAUUGCUUCGGAACCACCUCGCUUACAUCUACAAUGCUCGGAUCAGCUUCAAAUCCGAGGAACUUUACCUUGGCGACGACAACGUCUUGGGAGCCUUUCGCCACAGAAAAUGGAACCCUAAUGUAAUUGGAAUGCAUACGUUUUCCAUUUUUGGUUUCCUGUUCUUCUGCACUGGUCUGACAUUCGGUGGCAAUACCUGUGCGUCAAAUUUCGAGAUUAUAGCCUUAAGCCGUAUGGCUCUUGCACGCUUCCUCUGGUCACAGGCUUCUACAAUUGCUAGGGUUCUACGAUACCUUCCGGCAAUAUCGACAUCACCUGAACCAACGCCUGACGAGAUCGCACAGUUUACCCCAGCGGUAGCCGACUCCAUCAACAAAGGUGUCUUCAAUUCGGACGGAUCUCGGAUCCCACCCAAUUUCGACCACCAUGUGGAUGAUUGUCUUUAUGUUGAUGUCGCCAAGACACUGAGACAAACAAUAGCCUCGAGUGUUCUGGCUCUCUAUUUGAUCCUUGGCUUCCCAGAUGCCUCCAAAGGGAUCCGAGAUUGCGUGUCUUGGGAAAAGUUCACCACUACUUUUUCCCAUCGUCGACACUGCCUUGGUUGGUUGAUUCUGAGAAACGAGAUCGUAUCAUCCAACGGCUCAGGACCUUUCUACGGAAACAUCGUCUAA